UCCCCUUGGAUUUAUUCAGACGACCGAACGAUUUUGAGUCUGCUCACGUUCUUUCUAGUUGAAAUGUCGUCGGACGACGCAACGACGGCUUAUCGGAGUUCGGUUAAAAGCUAGAUAAUCAUGUUAACGAAAUAAUAUUUGUUGAAACAAUUGCGUAUUUCCGAAAGCGAAACUAGGCUAAGUGUCAAUAGCCGCAGCAGCAUGAACAUUUUCCGUUUAAGGCGUCUUUUUAGUUGAUGAUUAUACAGAUCCUGGACAUCCUCGUAAAGGCUUUGUGAUAUUUGAGAAGUGAACAGAUAACAUUGACAAGCGCUGUAAGCUGGGCACUGGGUAUUUAUUUUGCAGCGUCUCAAUUUGAUUUCUUCUUCGUGAAAUCACGUAAUUCAAAAUGGCGCGUUUAUUCCGGAAUAUACUUGUGCAGCUGUGCCACGUCCAGAUUGUGCUGUUUCUGGUGUACGUGAGUUCUGCGUCUGCCAAGCUGACGGACGAGGAGAUCAAGUCUUUCGUCGAGUUGAACGUGAAGAACGUGCUACAACAGCAUAAGAAAGAGAGGGACCUGCCCAACAUUGGCCUCAGGAGACCCAAGGCGGACCCCAAGGCCGAGCAGAAUGAUUCUCAUCCCCACCCUUUCCACAAACCCAAGAUUGUGGAUCAGAGAUGGGCCAAAAGCAAGAUUACACCGCAGCAAACACAGGCUUCCGGUGCGCGCGCAGUGCCCCUGAUGUAGACGCCAAGAUCAAGAAAGAUACAACCACGAAAAAGCCUAAAGCUCAGAGAGAGGCUCGUCUUGUUAGAAAGAAGAGAGACGAACUUUAGACGCCAUCUUUAAUACAUUUCUUUAAUUAAUUAAAUCUUCUUUGUCUUACCAUUUGUUGUUUCCUCAUAUAGUGUGUAGUCGAUUAGGUUAAUUCUGCUGUGUUUUUUCUUGUGAUGUCUUCUGCUGACUGUGCCGAACGAAGAGUAAACAUUAAAUUCAUCAUCCAAUAA